AUGGAGUCACUCGAUCCUGGGGAGUCGUUGGAAGACAACCUGCUAAGAGUACGGAAGUCAACGGUGGGCCGCACCCACUCCCUACCCAAUGACUGCUAUAUGUUCCUGUCUCUGGAGCCCUUUGGGUCCCCAGGAGCCAGCCUGGCCCCUGGUUUAGCCUCACAGACACAGACUACAGGACCACAGCACAUACAGACCAUCAACAAGGCCCUGUCAGAAACCCUCAUCCCUUCUCUCACUCUCAACUCCUCACUGCCUCACCCCUCUCCAUGUCCAUCUUUCCCUCUCAUCUUCCACCUUUCUCCCCUUCUAUCAAACUCUCACUUACUUCCUGCCUCCCUUUCCCCCUCCCUCUCCCCCUUCCUCUGCCAGGUAUCUAAUGACUCCCAGGAGGUCCUGUGUUCUGAUGGAGGUGAGGAGGUAGUCCUCCAUGUUGCUUCCCUCUCCUCCUCCUCUUCCUUGCCCUCCCAUCUUCAUCAGCAGCCUGCUCUCCAGUUGGUCCCUGCCACCCCAGGGGCAUCCCCUCAACCGUCGCGCCCCAGGAGUGUCCACACCCAGCACCCCUCUUCCCACUCCUUACCCCCUCCUCCCCUUCCUCCCACUCACCCCUGGAGACAGGAAGAGGGCUCGGCUGAUCAGGAAGUGUCGCUCAUCACCAGGGCGGGGCUGGCGGGGAUUGACGAUGUCAUCGGGGUUGGACUGGGGUCAGAGGACGGAGGUCUCGAGGGCAGUUACAAAGGUUACUGGGUUGGUCGUGGUGGGGGGCAGUUGAAGAGGUUCCACAGUGCUGACACCCAGGGGCGGAGCGUCCUUGCGCCCCGGUCACGCCCCCUGUCCUGGUUGGACGAUCCUCAUCGCCACUCAGUGGAUGUGUGUUCGUCUGUAGAGUCCAGCCCCCAGCGCAGCACCACAUCCUCGGGGUUCGUCUCCCGAGCAGACAGCCUCCAGAUGCAUUCCCAGACCACCACCCUGCCCUCUCCCUGACGCAAGAAAAAAAUGAGCCCCCCGUGUAUCUCCAUAGACCCCCCGAUGGACUGGAGCCCCAGUCCGGCCUCCACCCUGCCCGGGGGGGCUGGGAUACCUCCUGUCUAAGGAGACGGGCACCCUCCAGUGACUCCAAGGACUCCUUUGACCUGGGGGUAAGGGAGGGCCUGGGGCUUGGGCUGUGCCAGGAGGGAGGUGGGUCCAACCCCAAGCUGUUGACUCUGCUGAGCUUCUCCUUCGAGAAAACAAGCUCUGAGCACUGAACACUGACACAAACACUGAUGUAAACACAAACACUUAUGUACACACACACAGAAAGGAACAAUACACACAUGCACAUAGGCAAACAGCCACACAUCCAAACACACGAUGCACUUGGUAUCCGUGAUGAUGGUAGUCCUAGUAAUAAUGCCGUAGAGAGUAAAUAUGGUAAAAGUACAACAAAACGGUCAAAUCAACCUUGUGUUUUUGUUGAAGAUCAGUACAGUCGUAGUUUGACCAUUCCUUGUCUUUCCAAAACAACAAUAAUGCAACAAUAACACAGCAUAAACAGAGAAACAAGAUGACUGAUUCUCUUCCACCAUGAACUGCAAGCCAUUGGCUGCCGAUUGACCCCAUGACCUCUGGAGUGAUGUCAGCACCAAGGACUUUGGAUAGCAACCCCUGUGGCCGCUAUAGGUACUGCUCGGUGUUAGUCACACGGGCAACAGUGGAGGUACAAAGCAAUAUGAACGUUUUUGAGACUAUUUUUCUUAAAUUAUUGGGCCAUAGUGUUUGUACAGAUGUAUAAUUGUUUUAUUUCAUUAUAUUUUGACUUUUUGUGAUGGGUUAACUUUAUCCUCCCUGUUUGUUUCAAUGUUAAAAAUAAUUGUUGGUUUGGUCCGUUUUGUUCUAUUUUUUCACCAUAGAGAUAUUUUGUAGCUUUCUUAAUUUGCUGAAAGAAAGUGAAUUAUGUGCUGAGAAUCAUGUAUUUGAAGGAAUAUAUAUAUACAUACAUGUACAGUGCCUUCGGAGAGUAUUCAGACCCCUUGACUUUUUCCACAUUUUGUUACUUUACAACCGUAUUCUAAAAUGUAUUAAAUCGUGUUUUCCCUCCUCAUCAAUCUACACAGCAAAAACAGGAUUCCAGAUAAUAUUAUAUUUUUUUGCAAAUAAAAAACUGAAAUAUUACAUUCACAUAAGUAUUCAAACCCUUUACUCAGUACUUAGGGCUGCA